CCGGCUCCGCGCGCCCAGCCCGGCUCCGCCGCCGCCCCUUCCAUGGGAGCCGCGCUCGCCUGCAGCCGCCGCGGGGCGGGCGCGAUGCCACGAUGGGCCUGAUCUGGCUCCUGCUGCUCAGCCUGCUGGAGCCCAGCUGGCCGGCGGGUCCCGGCGCGCGGCUGCGGCGCGAUGCGGGCGGCCGCGGCGGCGUCUACGAGCACCUCGGCGGGGCCCCCCGGCGCCGCAAGCUCUACUGCGCCACGAAGUACCACCUCCAGCUGCACCCGAGCGGCCGCGUCAACGGCAGCCUGGAGAACAGCGCCUACAGUAUUCUAGAGAUAACGGCAGUGGAGGUGGGCAUCGUGGCCAUCAAGGGGCUCUUCUCCGGGCGGUACCUGGCCAUGAACAAGAGGGGACGGCUCUACGCAUCGGAGAACUACAACGCGGAGUGCGAGUUUGUGGAGCGGAUCCACGAGCUGGGCUAUAACACGUAUGCCUCCCGGCUCUACCGGACGGUGCCCAGCGGGCCGGGGGCCCGGCGCCAGCCCAGCGCCGAGAGACUGUGGUAUGUGUCGGUCAACGGCAAGGGCCGGCCCCGCAGGGGCUUCAAGACGCGCCGCACACAGAAGUCCUCACUGUUCCUGCCCCGCGUGCUCGACCACAAGGACCACGAGAUGGUGCGGCUGCUCCAGAGCGGGGCCGGGCUCCAUGGUGGCCUGGCCAGGCCACCCGGCAAGGCCACCCAGCCCCAGCGGCGGCGACAGCGGCAGAGGAGCCGGGGAGGCCUCGCUUAGCUGCCCAGUGGGCAGAGUGGAGGCCUCACGCAUUGUGGCCCCAUGGCUGGGCGCCAAGCUCAUGGCCAGCCCAGCCCGGUAGGUGUGGACCAGCCAAUGGCUGAGCGUCUGCCGUCCAUCAUAGCUGGCCAUCCCGGCCGGGCAGGUUUCCAUAAGUGACUGUCCCCGCUCCUGCUGACUCUCUCAAACAAGCACCAAUUCAGCUGGGACGAUGGGGCCGAGCUGGGACUCAGAGAGGAACUGCUGUGAAGAAGACACUCGUGGGUCUGUGCUGACCAGGGACCUCCACCCACCAGGGACCCCCACCAGCUGGGAAGACCAGCUGAAUGCGGGGUCCUGGCUACCGAGGAGGCUCCCCAAGGUGCAGCUGUGGGACAAGGCGGGG